UCGCAGAUCUUCCUGGUCGCUGCUGUGGUCGCGAUGGUCGCUGCUAUGCCGCAACAUGGUCAUGACUACCACCACGGUCACGACUACCACCACGGUCACGGUCACGCUGUGUCAUCGCAGAGCAUCGUGCUGCACCAAACUCACGAGAGCAAGCACGAGCCCGUACACCACGAGGAACAUCAUGAGGAGCAGCACGAGCAGCACCAGGAGGAGCAUCACCACGGACACCACGAGGAACACCACGGCCACGCCUCCUCCUCACAGAGCAUCAAGCAGCACCACGGCAAAGCCACUGAGAAACACGUCGAGUACUAUUCUCACCCUAAGUACGAGUUCGCGUACAAAGUGGUGGACCCUCACACCGGCGACAAGAAAUCUCAGCACGAGUCUCGUGACGGUCACGUCGUGAAGGGCGUGUACAGUCUGCAUCAACCCGACGGCACCGUCAGGAUCGUCGAGUACCACGCUGACAAGAAGACUGGAUUCAACGCCAACGUGAAGUACGAGGGUCAUGCCGUGCACAUUGUUCCUGAACACCACCACCACUACUGAUUUAUAUACAUAUUCGAUUGUUAACUGUUUAUGUUGUUGAUUCUUUUAAUUUAAGCUAUGUGAUGU